AUGUACUAUCGAAGCCGUGACGUUGACUGUCGAAAUGCGGUGAAGUUUGACGGCAAACGUUUUCUUCCACCGGGUGGAGCAUGGAGCGAUAGACGGUAUUACGUCACAAUUGGUCAGCGCUGUCAUUCUUUCAGUCAACCGUUUGGUAGCUAUGAAAACGCCUCCAAACAAUUCGAGCGCUCAGUGACGGCUGUGCAGAAAUUGCUUGGAAGCAGUCUAUUUGGUGAUUUUCCCGAUCAGCGACCUCAGGACAGUGUACGGAAACUGUCUCCUAUUGAGCAACAGUUUGCCGACUUGGCGAAAAUUUCCACUGGUAAGGAUGUGAUUAUUGAGCAACAGCGAGGAGAAAUUCGAAGAACAAAUGACUUACUGCAAAAGGUGUGUGCAACGCAAAGGUUAGGGGACUCAGCAAUACACUUUGAUCAGUCACUGGUUCGAUUUCGCGCUCUGGGGCUAUCAAGCCUUCGUUCCACCCGGGAUCGCCAAAUUGCUACCAGCCUUGUCUCGGAAGAUAAACACACUGAAUUGACAUAUCGAUAA